UUUGGCAGGUCACAGACAUAGCACAAACACGAGGGUAACCGUUUCCCUGUGAGCUCUCCUUCUCCAACGGUCAUCAGUGCAACCAUUGGAGAACUUGACUGUGCUCAGAGACAUCAACUGUGCCUGAAACGACGAUUAUAAUUCAUAUCCCGACGAAAGCCCCGUGUGGACGGGCAGAGGACGAGCCGCGACGCGAUGGCGGACGAGGAGGUUGUGGACUACGUCCAGGCUUUGCAUGACUACAAGGCGACGGAGCCCACAUGUCUUUCGUUCCGAAAGGGUGAUACCAUUGCUGUGCAUAUCAAAGACAAAAGUGGGUGGUGGGAUGGAACGUUAGGAUCAAAUCGGGGCUGGUUCCCAUCCAACUAUGUGCAAGUCAUACCAGAAAGCCGUCUCCGGCCCAUGCCGGCCGUACCUUUACCCCCCGUCCCAUCAUCCCAAACAUCAACAGCAAACGCCUCAAGCGGACGACCAACAUCUCAAUCCUCCACCACAUCCGCAUUAUCAGCCACAUCCGCGUCAUCCAUCGCCUCACCCGGCAGCACCACGUCUUCCAGCUUGAGCCGGACAAACCCAUCUCGGAUGCAAUUAGAAGCCACGCUGUCGCAAUUAAUGGAAGAGGCGAAAGCGCUUGGCGAGGAAGAAGAUGACACGGCCACCCCAACGGCGGAUGGACUGCCAUCUGUUCCGUCGAUACCAGAAGACGAGUUCGUAGAUGACAGUAUGAAAUCUAGACAGCUGGACUUGCCGAAAUCGGAGGAUUCGCAUGCCGAGUCGGGAUCCACAGGGAAUCUGGCGGAGCUACCGCCGUUUUGGGGGAGGAAGACGACGCCGCAGGGCGUGGUUUACUAUUAUAACACCCAAUCGAACCAGACAACGUAUAGUCUGGAAGAGGUUCAGCGUGCUUCCCUUACACAUAAGCGAUCCACGACAUUGCUGAAAGAGGUAUCAAGUAAGGAUCUCGCAUCGACAGCGGCGGCACCGGUGCGGUCAGAGUCUCUUGAUAAAACCGAUUUCCCGGCUUUCAAAGACCAGGCACCACUGGUCGCCCGGUCCUUGUCCGACCGAACGAGAGCGUCCGGCGGGAACUGGAUACCAGGUCCGCAAACUCUUUUGGAUCCGAAAGUGAAACCGACAUGGGAAGUGUUGAUCAACAACAUCCUACGCGCAAUUUCGGACCUAAAUCACUCGGCCAAAACGGACUCGAGGGUGCGAUACGUGGGGCUGGCGAACCAGGUCGUGCGAGCGAUCAGGGAUAUGUUGGCGAGUUCUGGACUCACGUCGAAAGACGCACCGGCGUUUCAGAGCAAUAGGCAGCUGAGGAAUCACCACUACCAUAUCAUGUCCUCGCUGUCGAAAUUGAUGUUGGCGGCGAAAGUGGCCUCGGGAUUAUGGCCACCGCCGGACGCUGUCAACAAAAUGCGCUACCAGGCAGGCCAGGUCCUGCUUGCCGUGCGACAUUUUGUGACUAUUGCGCAGGAUGUGUCCAGCAACUUAGUCCCCGUCUCUCCCGGAUCGUUAUCCAACGUCGCGCUAUCCGUGAGCGAAUUCGACCAAAGAGGCGCCGAGCUAUCCGAUAUCGAAUUCGUUUCUAGAUUGGACACCCACUCGGACGCCAUCAUCACUUCCAUAGCGACGCUUGUCAACACCAUAACGCAGGACUCGCGCAUCUCGGAGGAACUGAUCGAGCAGGCUCGUGAUUCCGUCACCGAGAUUGGCCAAUUGCUGAGUUUGAUUGAGGAUAUACCGCUGCAGCAGAUGGAAUUGCAGGACAUGGACGCGCGGGCGAAGGAGGUCAUUGUAGAGUUCAAGAGGCUAAAGGAGGUGUUGUAUUCGACCGUCAAUGACCUCGUUACAGCGGCACGGACGACGAUGGACGAAUUUGCACCGCCGAAUGCGCUUGGCACACUUUUGGAGACGACCACCUUGGUUUUGCAAGCCGUGGAGGAUCUGUUAAUGGUGACGAAACUCGUCAUUGAUCAAAAAGAUCUUUUGGAACAACGGACGUUGCAAGAAGAGGCGGAACUGUUCGACGAUGAGCGGCGGAGAGAUUCCGAGUUGAGCAUUUUACAGCGUCGAGCGAUGAGCCUGACGUUCUUGCACGGGUCUGAGGAAAACAACGCGAUGGGUGGCACUGCGUCGAGCCAGACAAGCACGCCGCGGGACCGGACAGCGUCGACGCCCAUCAUGCUCCGCUCCAGCUCCUCCACCAAUGUAACCCCGAAAGGAUCUGCGACUCUGGCUCCGGGCGGCAAUCGCCCCGCGGUCGGAAACGGGGGCGUGUAUCGGUCCGUCUCGUCGGCAAGUCUGCCCGACUCGAAUUACCAGCCCCGAGAUACCCAAGCGCCGAAAAGCGCCGUUGAGCAGUCAUCUUCGUUUUUCCCGGGGGAGGCCAAGCAGAUUGGAGGGUCGAAUUCCAAGCUGGAGAAGUUCUUUGGUGAGUCAACUAGCGGCGCGCCGAACCCAAGGCUGGAGAAAUUCUUCGGAGAAUCGGUGGGUCCGCCGGGAUCAAAGCUUGAAAAGUUCUUUGGGGAGCAGUCGCCGAAGUUGAAGAAGAAGCCGGACGAUGAGUCUACGAAGAAGUAUUGGUUCUUGGGUUCCGAUUAUCUUCCCAACGAUGUCUCCUUCAACAUGGAAGGCCAAGUGAAUGGAGGAACGUUGCCAGGACUGGUGGAGCGGUUAACGCUCCACGACCACCCCGUUGACCCAACAUUUUCGCAGGCAUUCAUGAUGCUUUUCCACGAAUUUGCGACGGGCAAAGAGUUCCUAAUGUUGUUGAUGAAGCGCUUCACCAUGACGCCACCACCACAACUCAACCCGGAGGAGCUCCGGAUAUGGCAGGAGCGGAAGCAGACGCCAGCCCGACUACGCGUGUACAACGCUUUAAGAUCGUGGCUCGAAAACUUCUGGGUGGAGGAGCUGGACGGCGAUUGUCUGGAGGUCGUGCUGAAUUUUGCCUCCAAGGAGAUGAUGGAAGCGACACCACCGCUCGCUAUGCGCAUGAUCGAGCUCGUGCAAAGGAAGAUGAGCGGGGUGGGCAACACGCCGAAGAUGGGCAGAAGGUCUGUACAGUCCAUGCAGUCGACCAUCAGCGGGCCUCUCUCCGCCGGCUCGGCGCUGUCAGGCACAAAUGGGCAAUCGGUGGCAGAGUCCACAAAUAGCGCUCCGGCGCCACCGCCCAUCCUUCCGCGAUCGUUGAAGAAGUUCGGGAUCCUUGAUUUGGACCCGCUGGAAGUCGCGCGGCAGUUGACGAUUAUGGAGAGUAGGCUGUACAAUUCGAUUGAGCCAAUUGAGCUUGUUGGUCAGAAAUGGACCAAGAAGGCGGGUAGGUCGGGCGCGCCGAACGUAAGGGCGUUGACGAAUAUGGCGAAUCAGAUCACUGGCUGGGUCGCCGCGUCGAUUCUGACUGAGGUGGAUCCGAAGCGGAGAGCGAGUUUGAUCAAGCAGUUCUUGAAGAUUGGCGACAGAUGUCUCCACCUGAACAACUUCAACACGCUCAUAGCCAUCCUAUCGUCCCUCAAUUCGUCGGCGAUCAUCCGUCUGAAACGAUCUUGGGAAUUGGUGCCUGCCAAGUACAAGACUUCGCUCGAUCAGAUGAAGGCUGCGACGGAUCAUAGCCGCAAUUACUCUGAAUAUCGGGCGAACUUGAAGAGGGUCCAAGGGCCCUGUCUGCCCUUCCUUGGCGUCUUCCUCACCGAUCUGACGUUCACCGAGGACGGAAACCCGCCUACGCGCGUCUCAGCCCGCGGCAAUCUCAUCAACAUCGACAAAUACAUCAAAGUCUACCAAGUGAUCCAAGAAGUCCAACGCUUCCAAACGCCAUACCACCUCACGGAAGUGCCGGAGAUUCAAAACUGGCUGGGCAAGGAGCUGCAUACGGCUGGCGAGAUUGGCGCGAACGAGUUGUAUCAGAUCAGUUUGAACAUCGAGCCGAGGGAGAGCGAGAUGGAUGAGACGCAGAGGGACAUGGAUAGCAAGUUGAGGAUGCUUCAGAAGGCAGGUUUGCUUUGAGCGCUUGCGUUUAUGGAGGCGGGAUUGGGGCGCGGGGUGAGGUAGCCAUAUAUAUCUCGAGACCUGUGGAGAUCAGACUGACCACGUCGAUAUCUACGCAUCGCCUCACGAUGCGACACCACUGGGUUGCUUGAAUUUGAAUUGGACCCAUCUUCACAAGCGGAUUGCCCAUCAUCGCAUCGGGCUGGAAACGCGCUUGGGCCUAUCUGGUCUCACUCGGGACAUCCAUCGCAUUGGCUUUUGGCGAACAUCUCAUCAAUGGGGACGGACUCUGCGCGGGUACAGGUCCACUGU